AUGGAACCACCAUGGAUUGACGACCUCGCCGACGACCUCCAAAGCAUUAGCUUCAACUCCACCACCACCACCGCCACCGACAUCAACCGUAGCACCAGCUCAGGCUCCGAAACUACCUGGACAACCGCUACCUACUCCGCUCGCCACAAUCUCUCACUCCCUCACACUAACAAACGCUCCGCUCCUUCCGGAGAUCCAUGUUGGGACGCAAUCCGACAAGCAGGAUCUGAAUCCGGUGCUAAUCUCUCCCUCACUGACCUCCGAUUCAUCCACCGUCUCGGUGCCGGAGACAUCGGCGCCGUUUACCUCUCCGAGAUUAAACGUCCAUCUUGCUCCUCCUCCCCUGCACUUUUCGCCGCCAAGGUCAUGAGUAAGAGAGAGCUAGCCAGCCGUAACAAGGAAGGCCGAGCCAGGGCAGAAAAGGAAAUUCUCGAAAUGUUAGACCAUCCGUUUCUACCGACACUUUACGCGUCGUUAGAAUCACCGAAAUGGUCAUGCCUUUUGACGGAAUUUUGCCCCGGCGGUGACCUCCAUGUUCUCCGGCAACGUCAGCCCUGUAAACGCUUUCCCGAAUCCGCCGUCAGGUUUUACGCAUCGGAGGUGGUGGUUGCUCUUGAGUACCUUCACAUGUUGGACAUCGUUUACCGUGAUCUCAAACCGGAAAAUGUUUUGGUCCGAUCCGACGGUCACAUCAUGCUCACUGAUUUCGAUCUCUCCUUGAAAUGCGAUCUUUCCGCCUCCACCCCUGCCCAGGUUUUCUCCGAUCACAACCGCCCUAAUCUGCCGUCGUCGACGGAUCAUUAUGCCUUCGAUCCACCCAAAGUUACGUCAUCUUCAUGCAUUCUUCCUAACUGUAUAGUCCCUUCAGUCUCCUGUUUCAACCCCAAGCGCAGACGCAAGAAGAAGCUAGGGAACCACGGAGGUCCGCAGUUUGUGGCGGAGCCGGUGGACGUCCGCUCCAUGUCUUUUGUUGGGACCCACGAGUAUUUGGCGCCGGAGAUUGUAUCCGGUGAGGGGCAUGGUAGUGCGGUGGAUUGGUGGACGCUAGGGAUAUUUAUUUUUGAACUUUUCUACGGGAUUACGCCUUUUAGAGGGAUGGAUAAUGAGCUAACUCUAGCGAAUAUUGUAGCUCGAGCUCUAGAGUUUCCGAAGGAGCCUGUGAUUCCGGUGGGGGCGAAGGAUCUGAUAUCGCAAUUGUUGGUGAAAGAUCCGGUGAGAAGAUUGGGGUCAACAAUGGGGGCAUCGGCGAUUAAACAUCAUUCGUUUUUUCAAGGUGUGAAUUGGGCGCUCUUGAGAUGUACUACGCCACCGUUUGUUCCGCCACCCUUUAACAACCGUGAGGUUGUGUCGGAUGAUAGUUGCUCCGACACUCCGGUGGAGUACUAUUAGCGGUGGGGUUAUAUUUUCCGGCGGCCAAACUUUGAUCCUGUUUGGGUGGAAUUGGCUUUAAGAAUUCACACUGUGUACAGAAUUCAAAUUGACUGAUUUGUGAAUCUUGAGAUCAUCAUGUAGCCAUUAUUUCAUGGAAUUUGUGAUAGACGACUAGAUUGAAAAAUAUAUAAAAUAUUUUGUUAUUUUUUUUG